CUCAGCGCACUAGGCUGUGCUCACUUCCUCCCUCAGUCUUCUGUGUUACUGUAUUUAGGGAGUUUUAUUCAUACCACUAUUGACAAUUUCCUGGACGCUCUUUUGUAUCAUGCACGUUAUUGAAAGUUGAAGGGAGAACAGAAAUGCAGAACAUCAAGUGUGUUGUAGUUGGAGAUGGUGCCGUUGGGAAGACCUGCCUCCUGAUUUCCUUCACCACCAAUGCCUUUCCUAAAGAAUACAUCCCCACUGUUUUUGACAACUACAGCUCACAGCUCACUGUAGACUCUAAAGUAGUCAGUCUGAACCUGUGGGACACCGCGGGACAGGAGGAGUACGACCGUCUACGAACUCUCUCCUACCCACAGACCAAUGUUUUUAUCAUCUGCUUCUGCAUCGUCAACCCCUCGUCCUAUGAAAAUGUCAAGCUAAAGUGGUACCCCGAGGUGUCAGAACACUGUCCUAAUGUGCCCAUCCUGCUGGUGGGGACUAAAAAGGAUCUGCGAGAUGAUCCAGAGGUGCUGAAGAAGCUCAAAGAGAAGAACCUGUCUGUGGUGUCCCAGCAGCAGGGGGUGGCGCUGGCCCGACAAAUCCAGGCCAGCAAGUACAUGGAGUGUUCAGCGCUCAACCAGGACGGGGUGAAGGAAGUGUUUACAGAAGCUGUUCACGUUUUCCUCAACCCCAAAUCCCGAGCCCCCAAGAAAUCAUGCGUGCUACUAUAAAUGGGACAGGAUCUGAACAUAUGUAUUG